GUGACGAUCGGGGGGCGUGACGAUCGGGUACUGGAAGCUGCAGAUAGGUAUUAAUGGGGUUUUGGGGCACAAAGAUGGCACAAGAGCCUUCACCGUCUUCCCUGGACGGAAACAAACCGGGCUUCCCAAAGAAAAUUUUGGCCAACAACCUCGAGGACAAGCAUUUGUGCAACUCGUGUCAGAAAAUCCUGCGGAGGCCCCUUCAAGCUCAGUGCGGUCACCGCUUUUGUUCGUUCUGUUUCAACAAAAUCGUCAGUUCUGGACCACAGAAAUGCAGUGCAUGCAUCAAAGAAGACUUGUUUGAGGAUCCCACCUCUAUUCUCAAGCAAGGUGGUCUUGGAGCUCACAACGACAUACUGUACAUGCAACGGUUGCCCCCCCUAGUGUUCACAGUCUCAACAACAGGGAUAGAGGCAGGGAUGACCAUGUAGCGAUGUUCUUCUUAAGGUUCACCAGGAGAGGCAGAAAAUUUGCUGUAUAAAGAUCUUUGUGACGGUGAGUAAUCCAAAUACCAAGGUAUUUAAAUUUGGCAGAGCUAAUUUUGAAAGGAACUGGACCCAUAUGCUGCUCUUCUAUUGGGGUCACAGGCAUCAAUUCACUUUUUUGAAGGUUA